AUGUCCUUCUCAAUCAAGGUGCCGUGUUCUUCGGCCAACAUUGACUCAUCCAAGAAGUCUUCUGAACACCAGUCCAACUGCAAGAUUACUUACGAGGGUCUCGGCAAGGAGAGUGUCGACCUCGUUGCUGACCGCAACCUGAUUACUCAGACUGCUCUCUACGUUCUGCGAUGUCACAACCAGCACGCUUUCCCUUCCGAGACUCAUGUGCACAUCAUCAACCCCAUCCCUCUGGGCCGUGGUCUCGGCUCUUCCGGAGCUGCUGUUGUUGCUGGUGUCAUGCUCGGUAGUGAGGUUGGUGGACUCAAUUUGACCAAGGACCGCAUGCUCGACUUCUGCUUGAUGAUCGAGAGACAUCCUGACAACGUUGCCGCUGCUCUGUUUGGUGGCUUCGUUGGCUCAUACCUCAAGGACCUGGACCCGGAGGACAUGAAGCGCAAGGAAAUUCCUCUGAGUGAAGUCCUUCCCGCCCCUGCUGGUGGUGUUGACACCGGACUUACUCCUCCUAUUCCCCCGAUCAACAUUGGCAAGCACAUCAAGUUCAACUGGGCCCCUGAAAUCAAGUGUAUCGCUAUCAUUCCUGAUUUCGAGGUUUCUACCGCGAAGGCUCGCUCUGUUCUCCCCACUGAGUACCCCAAGGCAGAUGUCAUCUCCAACUUGCAGAGAAUCGCUCUGUUGACUACCGCUCUCGGCCAGAGCCCUCCCAACGCUGACAUGAUCUACGAUGGUAUGCAGGACAAGAUCCACCAGCCUUACAGAAAGACUCUCAUUCCUGGUUUGACCGAGAUUCUGAAGUCUGUCACUCCCACAUCUCAGCCCGGUCUUCUCGGUAUCUGCUUGUCUGGUGCUGGUCCUACUGUUCUGGCUUUGGCUACUCACAACUUUGAGCAAAUUGCCAACCAUCUUCUAGGCGAGUUCAAGAAGGAGAACAUUAACUGCGAGUGGAAGCUAUUGGAGCCCGCUUACGAUGGUGCUGUCUGCACCAGAGACGUUGAGAAGCCCAAGGCCAUGACUUACGCUGAUGCUGGUGUAUCUAUCGACGCCGGUAACGAUCUGGUCGUCGCCAUCAAGAAGGCUGUCAAGUCCACUCGCAGACCUGGUGCCGAUGCUGAGAUUGGUGGCUUUGGUGGUGCACUCGAUCUCCAAGCCGCUGGCUACGACGAGGCUCCCAUCAUGAUUCAGGCCAUUGAUGGUAUUGGUACCAAGCUGAAGGUCGCUUUCGCCAUGGACAAGUUCGAUACUGUUGGUAUCGAUCUUGUUGCCAUGAACGUCAACGAUUUGGUUGUGCAAGGUGCCGAGCCCUUGACCUUCCUGGAUUACUACGCCUGCAGCAAGCUGGAGAUCAAGGAAGCUGUCUCGUUCAUUGAGGGUGUUGCUGCUGGUUGCCGUGAAUCAGGAUGCGCUCUCGUUGGUGGCGAGACUGCGGAGAUGCCUGGCAUGUACCAAGGCAACGAGUUCGAUGCUGGUGGUUGUGCUACUGGUGCCCUUAAACGUGGUCGCACCAUCCUGCCCGAUAUGGCAUCUAUGGUUGAGGGUGACGUCCUUCUGGGUCUUGCCAGUGAUGGUGUUCACUCCAACGGUUUCUCUCUUGUCAGAAAGGUUGUUGAACGCCAAGGACUUUCGUACCACGACAAGGCACCUUGGGCACCCAACACCACUGUUGGUGCUAGCUUGUUGACCCCCACUCGCAUCUACGUCAAGCCCCUUCUGAAGGCUGUCGAGAAGGAUCUGCUUAAGGGUAUGGCACAUAUUACUGGUGGUGGUCUCUACGACAACAUCCCCAGAAUGUUGCCCAAGACCCUUGCUGCUGAGGUUGAUGUGUCAGCAUGGUCUGUUCCCCCGGUGCUCAAGUGGCUCAAGGAAGCUGGUAACGUCGAGUCCCGUGAGUUCGCCCGCACAUGGAACACUGGUCUUGGCAUGGUUAUCGUUGUGAGCAAGGAGAAUGCCGCCGAGGCCCAGAAGGUCUUGGAAGAGGCAGGCGAGAGAGUGUCCGUCAUCGGAAAGCUCUUCUCUAGAGGUGAGGAUGAGGUCGUUCUCAAGAACCUUGAGGCCUGGAACUAG